GUGAUUCUACCCGGAUGGUUUUUGUGAACGGCCUGGCUACAACCGAGUAGCUAGCUUUUGUGUAAAAUAUGACGCGUUUUGUCCAUUUUGGGUUGAAUAAGUAGUUUGUUUGUUUUAUUAUAUUAAAUGUUAACAGUUUGGGGUUAAAAUGGCGACGCUGGUUCUGGAUAACGGAGCCAAUUCGGCUAAAAUCGGCUACAGUUCGGAGAAAGUCAGCGUCAUCCCAAACUGUCAGUUUCGCUCGAAGACCUCCAGAUUAAAAACCUUCACAGCCAAUCAGCUGGACGAGAUCAAAGACCCGUCGGGUCUGUUCUACAUCCUGCCCUUCCAGAAGGGGUACUUGGUGAACUGGGACGUCCAGAGGAAAGUCUGGGACCAUCUGUUUGGAAAAGAGAUGUUUAAGGUGGAUUUCUCUGACACCAGCAUCAUCAUCACUGAACCUUACUUCAACUUCAGCUCCAUCCAGGAGUCCAUGAACGAGAUCCUGUUCGAGGAGUACCAGUUCCAGUCCGCCCUCCGGAUCAACGCCGGCUCUCUCAGCUCUCAUCACUUCUUCCACUCAGAGCACUCGGAGCUCUGCUGCCUGGUGGUGGACUCUGGGUUCUCCUUCACCCACGUCGCCCCCUACUGUCGCAGCAAGAAACUGAAGGAGGGCAUCCGCAGGAUCAACGUUGGAGGAAAACUUCUGACCAAUCAUCUGAAGGAGAUCAUCUCAUACAGGCAGCUUCACGUGAUGGACGAGACGUACGUCAUCAACCAGGUCAAAGAGGACGUCUGCUACGUGUCUCAGAACUUCUACAGGGACAUGGAGACGGCUCAGUUGAAGAGCGAGGACAACACCCUGAUGAGGGACUACGUUCUUCCAGACUUCAGCUCCAUCAAAAAAGGUUUCUGUAAGCCACAGGAAGAGGUGGUCUUCAGUGGAAAGUAUAAGACAGGUGAGCAGAUCCUGAGGUUGGCCAACGAGCGCUUCGCCGUUCCUGAGAUGCUCUUCCACCCGUCGGACAUCGGCAUCCAGGAGAUGGGACUUCCUGAGGCCAUCGUGGACUCGGUCCAGUCUCUGCCUGAAGACAUGCAGCCUCACCUCUACCAGAACAUUGUUCUGACCGGAGGGAACACGUUGUUUCCAGGCUUCAGAGAACGUCUGGAGGCGGAGCUCCGAUGCCUCGUCCCCGCCCACCUCCCGGUGUCGGUGCUUCUACCUUCAAAUCCGGUCUGUUACUCGUGGGAGGGCGGGAAGCUGCUGGCUCACAGUCCGGACUACGAUGAGAUGCUGGUGACCCGGGAGGACUACGAGGAGAACGGACACCUCAUCUGUGAAGAAAAGUUUGAUCUUUGAGCAGGAGCUUUCCUGCAGCUGCUCCUGCCGGACUCCAGAACCUUCUCUCUGAACACAAACUUUUCAUACUUCACGUGUUUUUAUUAGAGUCUCAGCUUUGAUUCAGGAUGUGGAGAAAAACAGAACUUUAAUGUUUGACAGAAAAACCUCCAGCUCAGUAUGAACCAAUCAUCAAUAAAGUAUCAGUUCUGAGUCUUUGA